AGGUGUCGCUGAGGUCAAGCUGUAAGAGAAAAUGGCUCCGUGUGAAAGGUCUUUUGCGGAUUAUUGUCGGCUUUGUGCUGUAGAAGCGAAAAAUGGUGUUAUUAUAUAUAGUUCCGAAGGCGUUAAUUUGUGUCUUGAAGAGAAAAUUAUACAGUGUUUAAGAAUAGAAGUCUCUAAAGAUGAUAUGUUGCCGAAAAAGGUCUGCAGGUCUUGUCGUUCACGAUUAGAGGACUAUCAUAGAUUUGCGGAGAGAGCCAAUCGAGUACAACAUACCUUGGAGCUCCUUAUUCAAAUGAAGAGCUCCAGUGUGUCUUCAGGACCAUCGGUUCCACUAAAGAAUGAAGAUGGAGUUCAUGUAAAAAAUGACCCCGAUGAUGUUGAGAUUAAAGAUGAACUAAUGGAUCUUCCUCUAGAUGUCACUCUAGAAUUGGAUGGUGAUAAUCAUGUUGAUACUAAAGUAAAUAGUACUGAUGAUGAUCAUCAGAGUAUACCUGAGCUACUUCCAUUACCACCUUUAAGAGAGUCAAAGCGUGGUAACGUCAAUGAACGACCCAUGCGACAUAUAAGAAGAAGAAAAAUGCUGGAGCCCAAGAAAACUUCACAUCAGCAGUCAGUAGUAGUAAGACGAAGAAGACGUUCCCGCCGAAAUAUACCACGCCCUCCUCCCAGUUCUGAAGAGGAAAGUGAAGAUGAAGUGAAAGAAGAAAGGCUGGAAGAUGUUGAAGUGGAUCCUGAGGAAUUAGAAAAAAUUGACCCUGAUGAGAUUGAUGAACUGAAUGUUUUUAAAGGUCUCAGGGAUGAAGAGGAAGAAGAAGAGGAUGAAGAAUUUGAUGAUGAGGCAGAUAAAAAUGCAAAAGAAGAAUGGAAGACACAUUGGGGUAUUAAGUGUAACCAGUGUGAACAAAUUUUUCCAUUCAAAUCGCAGUUUGACAGGCAUUAUCGUAGCUCAUAUGACAAGAAACCUAUAUACACAUGUUCUUAUUGCAACAAGACUAUGGAGAAGUAUUCCACUUUCAGAUCACACUGUUAUCGGCAUGUCACUGAAGGCAGAUAUAGAUGUGAGUACUGUCAGAAGGGCUUCAGUCUGCGAAGCAUGCUUCAUGUACAUAUCCUAGCAAAACAUACAGCAGUGAAACCCUUCAUUUGUGAGGAGUGUGGUAAAGGUUUUGUGACCCGGCCUGGACUCAAUAUUCACCUUAAGAAGCAUAAGACUGAUGAGAAGCUAGAGUAUCCAUGUGGAGAGUGUGGCAAAGUUCUUCAUACACGAGGAGGUCUUACAGCACAUCAGAAUGUACACAAAUUGGGUCGGCGAUUCAUGUGUGAUGUAUGUGGCAAGACAUUUACACAGAAAGUGAAUAUGCAACAGCAUGUGAAGCAUCAUACAGGUGAACGACCAUUUGCCUGUGAGAAGUGUGGCAAAUGUUUUGCAGAAAAGUCGCAUUUAAACCGUCACUACAGUUUUCACAGCGAGAAACGCCCAUUCCAGUGCACAGUAUGCUUAAAGAUGUACAAAACAGAGCGUUGCUUAAAAGUACAUGCCAUGGUUCAUGCUGAGGCACGACCAUAUGUCUGCACAUAUUGUAAUAAGGGCUUCCUCAGUACCACAAAACUCAAGCAACAUUACAACAUCCACACAGGGGAACGCCCAUAUGCUUGUAAGUUUUGUGAACGCACUUUUACCAACUAUCCAAACUGGCUGAAACACACACGACGAAGACACAAAACUGAUCCUCGUGGUAGCAGUGGAAUUGGAGCAUCUCGGGUAGUUUUACAAAACCAGGAAGGACAACAUCAAGGGUUAAUUCCAUCACAACAGCAAGAUGAUGUUCCACAAGAAGAUGGAAGAGGAAGUGUUAGUUGUGACACACCACAAUCACAGCAAUCUGCACCUUCUCAAGUCAUUCCUGUGGCAUGUCUGGCAAACAAUGCAAAUCCAAAUGUAAAUUGUAUGAGCUUAAUGGCACCAUAUCCUCAUCAGUCUCAACAGCCACAUCCAGCUCACCAAACCCAUCAUCAGUCCAUGACCUCUGAAUCAAGAAUGCAGACUGCACUACCUCUUACCCAAGUCCAGGUAUAUCCUGAACACAUGAUGGCCAUUUCUAUGCCUCACCACCACCACAUGCUUCCCCUGUGAUGGUACAAUAUAUCUGGAUCUCCAUGAUAUGAACCACCAUACAUGAAACAUUUUAUGAACUUAAGGCUUAAAGUUACAUGCAGCAUAAAGAAUUGAACUGUGGUGUAUACCAUUUAUGCAGGGAAUUAGUGUUCAUUGUAAAUAAAAAAUAUGUACAAGAGUGGACUUGUUUUUCAAGAACAUAGACUAGUUUUAUUAAGUCUACAAGAUAGUCACAUUUAUGCAUAAAGGUGUGCAUGUUUGGUAACUGAUUGAGACAUUUUUAAUCACUACAUGACCUGCAGUAUAUCAGUAUAUUGUGUUUAUUAACUGACAGUGACAAAUAAUUUGGUUAAUUUUACACACUGUUUUUAUACAAUUUUGGAUACAUAUAGUAUGAAUGUGUGAUGUGUAUAUUCUUAAAUUCUGAUGGCUGCAUGAAAAAAUGAAGACUGCCAAAAUGAAUCACAGACUGAAGCUAUUGGAUCUCUUCUUAAAACAAGACUGUAAAUAUUUGUGUGAUACAGUAUGAUAAAUUGUACUAGAUUUUGGUAGUUCUGUUUGUUUAUUUUAUGUAUUAUUGCUGUAUUAAGACAUUAACUUCAGUUCAGUUUAGUAUUCUGUAUCAUUAUUUAAAUCUGAGGAAAUAUGGGAACAGAAUGCAAGAAAUGAAAUACAACAUAGUAAGAUUACAAAUGUCUACAUACUCUGGUUCA